AUGGCUCUCCAUCAUCUAAGAGUUUUUAUAUGUACCAUAGCUACACUCCUAUUGCUACUGAGCGUGAGCAUAAUUGCUAGUGCAUCAUCAUCAAGGUUGAACUCGGAUCCGAUAUUGAAAGUUUGUAAAUCUGAAAUUCCCAAUCAAAUUACGAGUAUGAUUGAAAACUUUCCGGCUACUUUUGCAAUUCGGGUGGUAAUGAAUCAAAGCAUGGAAUUAUUUAGCUACAAUUCUGAUCCGUUUUUUCAGCCAGCUUCCAAUAACAAAUUAUUGACCACUAUUGCAGCUCUGAAUCAAUUAGGAAGCAAAUUUAGAUUUCAGACCAACUUUUAUUAUGACUACAAACAAAAGAGUGUGGUGGUACGGCCAAUGGGAGACCCCACUCUCACCUUUGAAAAAUUACAGUUUGGCUUGAAGAGCGUAUUUCUGCAAUUGAAUUCGGAAAGUGUAGAGCAAGUCAUUGUGGAUAAUAGCUUUUUUAAUCCAAUUCCAUUUACCAAUGAGGGAGACGAUAAUUUUCCUUCAAGUUGGGAAUGGGGAAAUAUGCAAUACACAUUUAGUGCUCUACCAAGCUCGUGCUCUUUGGAACAUAAUAUUAUUAACUUUAAUGUGAAAGCUGGUACAAAGGUCGGAGAUUAUUUGAUUGCCACUAUUGACGAUAAGACUUUUGAAUUUGCAACUCCAAUGAUUCAAUUUGAUACUACGUACACGAGAACCAUGAACUGUAGCGGUGGAAAUAGUAAUAAUAAGCAACAAGAGACUGUGAAUGCAUUUUACAGGCCUUUGGAUAGAAAAGUGAUUGUGCGAGGCCAACUUUGUACGUCGAGCAUUUCACCACAAAGUUUGACCAUCUUGGACCCUGUCGAAUUUUUCAUGCAAGCUGUGCAAUUUAUAACGAACAAACCUGUGACUCUGAUGUAUCUCAGUGAUGAACAGCGUUCCAACAUGUUUGCAUUCACCAAAGACACCAUCUAUUCGGAUAAUAUUUUACACAUCAUGAACACAACGCUUCAAGAGAGUGACAAUACGUAUGCUGAACUCUUUUUGAGACAAAUUGGAGCACUCAUUAAGCCCAGUGACAACACCUUGAUUCCAUUUCCAUCCAUCACACAACGAGGCAUUCAAAUGGUUAAGAAUAUUCUUACCAACACACCAUACAAUCUCUCACCCAAUACAUUUUUCCAAGACGAUGGAAGUGGUCUCUCUCGUCAUAAUCUCGUUUCUGCGAGAAGUUUAGUGGAUGCACUUAUUGGUGUCUAUUAUAAGGGAGCGGGUGGUGUAGGUGGAGAGGUUUACAAGUCGUUACUUCCUCUAGGUGGUGUUUCUGGGACAUUGAAAAAUCGUUUCAAAAACUUUCCAGGACUUGUUUCUGCAAAAACUGGAUCAUUGGACGGUGUGAGCUCAUUGAGUGGCUACAUUCGAAAUGAGAGAUUUAGAGAUCCCAUUAUUUUCUCAAUUAUUGUGAAUCAAUGUCCAUUGAGUGCCUCACAAAUGCAUCAAGUGAUUGACUCGAUUGUGAUACUGUAUGCAUUUAUGAAUCCAGAUUGUUAG